AUGUUCACGUCAAACUCACAUAAAUUCAAGCAAGAGACAGAUAGAACCGCAGUGGACCGUCAGACGGUUACAGACCCAAAUAGAAGCAGUUAUGAAGUACCUGGAGCAGAACAACAAGCUGCUAAUUUGGAUGACAAAGAAUUUGCUAAGAAAAUUUGCGAUAUACUGCAACGCUACAAAUGGUACCACGGGUUGAUGCCACGGGAUGAAAUUGAAGAAAUGCUCGUGAAGGAUGGUGAUUUUCUUGUCAGACGAACUGAGGUUGAUAGGAAAACAAAACUAGUCGUAUCUGUAAGGAGUAAGGGUAGAAUUAGGCAUAUUCUAAUCAAGUUAUGUGAUGACGGACAGUGGCGUCUCUACAACGUGAAAUCGGAAUCAUUACCUGACCUUAUUGAAGAUCACGUAAAAAAAAGCUUGCCUGUUCAAACUGAUGGUACUAUAUUAAAGCAGCCUGUAAUACGUCCAGAUUAUUACAUACUUCAUGAAAAUAUUAUUGUAAAUAAACGAAUAGGUGGUGGAGCAUUUGGUGAAGUUUACAAAGGAAAGCUAAAAACAGCUGAUGGCAAAAGUAUUGAUGCUGCAAUUAAAAUGCUGAAAGGUAUAAUGACCAAAAAAGAACGGACGACUUUCAUGAAAGUUAUUUUUGCUUAUCAUAUUAUUUAUAUUAAAGGUUAA